AUGCACAAUGGCAGUGUGGAAAGCUUGGGUGAUGGAGAAUUCAGACCGAGUCUGAGCAGAGCUGGAUCCGUGUACACGCUGGGUAGGGUCAGCUUCACAGGACAGCUUGCGCAAUUGACCUCCAUACGCCUGCCCGAUGCCGACUCCUUGGCGAAGCGAAUAUCGGCACUUCCAUCAUCGACCGAAGCUGCAAAGGCGCUUUCCGAUGCAUCGGAGCAGAUACGGACGUGGAUUGCGAAAGCUUCAGAUGUGCUGGAGGGUCUCAAUGCAGAAGAUGACGUGGAAUGGGCCGCGGCUGGAGGGAGAGAAGGCAUUGAGGACGUGGAAAAGGCCAUCGGCCGUUUUGAGCAGCUUGUCGAGGUGUACAUCACUGCCAUUGAGAACCUGCAGACGCGAGACGAUAUCGCGCUACUGUCCGCCAGCGAGAUCACGAACAGUAUGGAGCGCAUGGAGAAUAUCGUGACAAGCUGGAAGAAGGUCAAAGAUAAACUGAAUGGGGUGAAGCUACAGGUAGAGAUCGCAAUGGACUGGCAGCGGCUAUGGGACAAUGUGCUCGGCGACAUCGCACAAGAAAUGGAAGGUCUCCAUCGAUUGGUGUUCGAAAUGGAGGAAGCACGACACAAUGGUUCCGAAAGUGUGCUAUCGAACAAGGAAAGCAUCGAUAUCAGCGAGCUGGAGACGAUAGUAGAGGAACAGCCUGGCCGAAGUCGUUUGCGACAGAAUCGCCUCAGCCUUGCCGGCGUGUCUGCUAAUGGCUCCAUGACGCCGCCGCAAGCUCUGCCACCUCAGGAUAAGGAGGACGCCAGUCUGCUUGCGCUCUUUGCAAGAAUGCAGCCACUGCGGGCGUCAUUAGACUUUCUACCCAUGAGGUUGUCGACUUUCCACAGCAAGGCCAAGCCGGUCUUUCCGUCUGCCUGUAUCGACCUAGACCAGCGACGAGACCAGCUCGAAGCUCAAUGGACCAAGCUUGAAGCAGAUGCGAACUCGUUGAGAAGCGAAUUAGGCGAAGAUAGAUGGGUCGCCGUCUUUCGCAACGCAGGUCGCCAGGCACUGAAGAUGGAGGAGUCAAUCACGCGAAGCUUCACAAAACUGAAGGAUGCGCUGAACGUCAACGAGCAGGAAGCUCACCCACAUGCAAUGCAGAACAAGAUCGAGAAUUACGAGCAGAAGAAGCGACAUUACGGCCCGGCUAUCGAACGCGUCCUUGCCAUCAUCGAUCGUGGCGUCACCGACCGACUGACCGCUAAUGGGGAGAUUCUUCGACUGCAGAGCGAGAUGAAACGUCGGUGGACAGAGCUGCAAGCCGAAAUGCACGACGUGGAUGUCAUGCUGGAGGAUAUCAAAGAAGAUCUUGCAAAUGCUGAAGCACGAGAUAAGAAUCUUAGAGAUUCCGUCUCGACUGUCAUCAGCAGCGAGCAAUCGGUCGCUAGCUCAAUGGGUGUCGAUACACCAGGCAGCUCGCCUGCCAGCAGCGUCAUUGCUGGUGCGAUAAGCCAUCGCGGCAGUUUUGGCUCGCGCACACCUACGCCUCUCACUCACAUCAAGUUGAGAAGCAGCUCGGCCAAGACAUACGACAAGUCAUCACUAACGCCAAGCUCGAUCCCGAAACGGACCCUAUUCACAAAGAAGUCGCUCACAGAUAUGCAUUCGAGUAAGCGCUCGCCAUCGUCAAUACCAACUUCAACGCCGAGCAAGCAACCUGCCUGGCCUGCUAGACCAGACGUGACACCUGCGAACAAGCCACGCUUCCAACGCGCCAUCAAAUCCGAUGACAACGACUUCAAACCCUUGUCGGCCUACGAGCCAUCUCCCUAUGCAAAGCAACCCAUCACACCAAAACACAACUACCUGCGGUCUAGCCUUGGUCAGAGUGUGGCGAACGCGAGCGCGAGCGCGAGCCGCAAAACGCCGCUUCCAUCCUCCUCACGAAUCUCCAGCGCACCAGCCCCCAGCUCAUCAAUUCCACGUUCAUCAAGCAGUAUGGCCGCUCACCGAAAGUCUUCAUUACGUGUGCCUCCAGUUCCAUCUCAGCCCACACCGUCCAAGCGACUUUCAGCCAAAGUUUCUGCUCCUGCAUUACGAGUCACGAGUUCAGGCAGGCGCAGCAGCAUGAUGCCACGUGCUGAAGUCCAGGAUGGAAACGAGGCCGACAGUGAAGCUCCUGCCCACCAAAGCAAGAGACCUCCCAGCGUUCUCGCGUCAGCAAAUGGAAGACGAAGCAGCAUGUUGCUUGGUCGUAGCAGCAGGUUAGGCGAAGCUCGAGACAGCGUAGCAGGAGCUGAGAGGCCGAAGUGGAGGCCUUAGACAGACUUUGGGGUUUUUCUUCUUGAGCAUGAUAUGACCCAGGAGACAGGAGACGGACAGACUUUCGUUGUUGUUGUUCUUUUUUUUGUCAGCCAUCAGCGAGCGAGCGAGCGAGUGACUCUUUUGUCAACGAUACCGAUAGUGAUACCUAUAGCAUUUGCAUUUUUUUUAUAACGAGGCGUGUAAUGGGAGCGAUGUCAGAUGAAGAUUAUCGGCAGCAGAAGAAGAUGAAGGAGAAGGAGAAAGAAAAGAAAGAAAGAAAGAUGCAUGCCAGAGAGUUGAGCUGUAGGAAUAGAUUCUAGGACUGAAAUGAAUCAAAUAUGCAUGGAUUGUAAGUAAGAUCUUACCUUUGUAGAAGAAGAAUGAAGAUGAAGAAGAAGAU